AUGCUAGACAGUGAAGAUGCACUGCCGGCAACCCAUAAGCAGGUCUUGGCAGUACCUGUGGAGUCCCCAGUGACAUGGCAUGUCAUUCUUUGGAUCCUGCUUUGUCUUGCCAUCAAUUCUAUGGCCCAACCUUCCUCCAGAAUUUGCGGGGUACCAAGUCGUUACAGGAUCUACCUCUCAAGCUCCCCGAUCAUGACGCUGGCUGAUGCGAUAUCUGCGCUUAUCCGAAUGAUCAGUCCACUUAUUCAUCUCCAGAUUAGUAUCGUAUGCGCGAGUCAAUUGGUUGUAAUGUCAAGACUGGAAGCCAGAAUCAGUGGAGGCCAAGACGCAUCCCAGGCAGCAUCAAGUCGGACAUGGCCUCGAUGGCUAUUCUUCGUUAUGGGUCCACUUCCAGCAGCUAUUAAGCUUGCCUGA